UCGCUGGUAGGGGUGUGCACUGAUGGAGCUCCAGCCAUGCUUGGUCUGCAGUCUGGAUUCAUUACAAUGGUGAAAGAAAAAUAUCCGUCUGUUGUAGGUACACACUGCAUACUUCAUCGUGAAUCCUUAGUAUCCAGAACUUUACCUGCUGAAAUGAGGGAUGUCCUGAACGUGGCUAUCAAGGUAGUCAACUUUAUCAAAGCUGGAGCCUUAAACAGUCGUCUCUUCAAACUGCUGUGUAAGGAUAUGGAAUCUGAACAUGAAACCUUGCCUUUUCACACGAACGUACAAUGGCUAUCAAAGGGGAACAUGCUUGGACGGCUUUAUGAACUACGAGAAGAAGUAGCAAUAUUUCUUGAUUCGAAGCAGAAGGCAGAUAUCCAUGACAAGUUUCAGCCUGAAGGCUUUCAGCUAUCUCUAGCUUACCUGGUGGACAUCUUCGAAGCGUUGAAUGCUCUCAACCUUAAACUGUGUUUCUCACCUGACCUAUGA